CGCUAGUUAGCAUUUUGUCGUAGGUGACAACAAGUUAGCCGUUAGGGAGCUAGCUGGCUAGCGGUCAGCUGUAGCAGAACCGCUCAGCUCGUUAAAUGAUAUGUUUACUGCUUCCGCUGUAUCUUUAAAUGUCACCGCUGUGGCUGACAUAUUGCUCAUAUAAGUGUACGAAAGCAGAGGGGGAGGUUGCAAGGCCGUGUUUUGCGGUUGAAUAGACUCUGCAGGGGAAGAUGUGCAAUGGAAUGACAGAGUCAAUAUCAAAAUCAUUUUUGACCCACUCCUCUGCCACUGAACAGUUGUUUUUGUUGUUGCUGGGAUUGACCUUUGUGUCUACUGGGAGUGGAUCAGGAUGUGUGAGGCCAUACAUGGUCCAGAACAGCUGGGUAAACCUCACAGAAAACAACAGGGGUUUGUUCCCUGUGGGCACAGUACUGCAGUACAGCUGUGACCCUGGUUACCUGCCAGAUGGACCCAGCAUCCUCACCUGCACCACGCUGGGACGCUGGACCUCUGAACCGCCUCACUGUAUACGCAGUGGCGCAUGUCUACCCCUCACCAAACCUGAGAAUGGGGGCUACACUUGCCACCCAUCUCCUUGUCGUAUGUUUUCUCACGGCUCUGUGAUAGAGUUCUUCUGUAAUAAGGGCUUCAUUCUCGAUGGAGAAGAUAACUACCUGACCUGUCAGGAUGGACAAUGGGAUGGUCCAAUGCAGACCAACUGCAUAAGCCAAGGUUGUAUAAGACCCUCCAUGGUGCAGCAUAGCUCAACAAAUCUUACGGACACCAACAGAAGCUUGUUCCCGGUGGGCACAGUUCUACAGUACGACUGUGACCCGGGUUACCUGCCAGCUGGCCCCAGUAUCAUUAUCUGCACCACACUUGGACAGUGGUCCACUGAACCCCCUCUCUGUAUUCACAGUGACGUAUGCCAGCCUCCAUAUGAGCCAGAGAACGGAGGCUACACCUGUCACCCCUCACCAUGCGCAAGACUUUCCCACGGCACCAUUAUUCAAUAUUACUGUGACGAAGGCUACAUUCUGAAGGGAGAUUAUAAAUUCCAUACGUGUCAGUUUGGAAAAUGGGACAACCUAAUGCCAGUCAGCUGCCUCGUGGAGCAAGGUUGUAUAAGACCCUCCAUGGUGCAGCAUAGCUCAACUAAUCUGACAGAAACCAACAGGAGCUUGUUCCCCGUGGGCACGGUUCUACAGUACGACUGUGACCCAGGUUACCUGCUGGACGGUCCCAGCAUUCUUACCUGCGGCGCACAAGGGCACUGGUCCUCUGAACCUCCUCGCUGCAUACGGAGUGACGACAGACAAAAACAGAGCAUCACAGUCGUCCAGGAGGGAGUAGAUAAAAGCUUAAAUGACUGUUUCGGGCUGUCUUCUGUAUGUCGGCCUCCGUUUGAGCCAGAGAACGGGGGCUACACCUGCCACCCCUCCCCUUGCCAAAGACUGUCUCACGGCAUUGUGAUUGAAUAUUUCUGUGAAGAAGGUUAUAUUCUGAAGGGUGAUUAUAAAUACCUUACCUGUCAAUAUGGGGAGUGGGACAGCCAAAUGAAGCUCAGCUGCCUAAUGAAGCAAGGCCGUGAUACAGCUUUACCCCUGGGGAUGCCCGCAUUGUCCAUAGUGGCAUCCACAGCCAGCUCGGUUGCCCUCAUCCUGCUCCUCGUGGUGCUGUUUGUACUUUUACAGCCAAAGUUCAAGUCCCUGCACCGACGUGAUCCGGGUGUAUCUGGCCAGCCCGUGUCCAUCAUGGUGGAAGGAGUCCAGGUGACCCUGCCCUCAUAUGAGGAGGCUGUAAGCAAUACCGGCACCUCAACUUCAGCGCCCACCUCUGAGUCUCGAGUGCAGAUAGUGCUGUGUGAGGGUCAGCAUGCCACAGCGCCAGAGGCCGGCCCCUCUAGGCCUUCUUCCCUGAAACAGCAGCAUUCCGAGAUGACUGUGGUCCACCCUAUACCACUGUCCUCAUCCUCCUCAUCUCCUUCACCCUCCUGGGUUUUGGAGAAUGCAGGCGCUACCGCUCCCUCGUCCUCGCAAAGAAGGACAUCUGCAGGCAGUGACCAACACAGCCUUUCUCUGGACUCUGAAAUGGACUUCCCUGAUGAUACACCAUUACUGAAGGAGGCUUGAAUCGUGCUGCAACCUGUGGACUUACCUUAGACAACCAGAGCUGCACGGGGUGAGUGGCAUGCCUCUCACCAGUUUGUCAACACAAGACAGUCGACACAGACCAGCCUGGCUGAAGAGGCUCCGGGUGAAGCUGUGCGUCACUUAGAGGAACGGUUUUCUCUCGCCAUCCCGAAAGGAGAACAGAGAAGGGAUUCUCAUGUAGAUACGUGCUUAAAUUUUCCAUAGGGAUUCCUACAUUGCUCACGUAUGUCUAGCGUCUGCAGCUCAGUUUGAUAAUGUAGAGUAAAAAAAAAAAAAAAACCUUUUGAAGGAAUGUGUCUGUAAAGGCUAAAUGUUAGAAGAAAAAAAAAAGACAUGUAUGUUUUUGAAUGGAUUAGCAAGCUGCAAACUCAUUGAGUGAGCUAUUAAUCUCAUCUGCAUCUUGUUUACGGUUGCUUUCCUUUAAUCAUUUGGGACAUAUUAGAAAAGAUGCAUGAACGCCAGGUAACCUAGAUUGCUGUCCAUAUCCUGUAGAUGCAUUAUCUUUUUUGUGACGUGACUAUACAUCGUUAUUUAAAUGUUAUUAAUAAUGACUCGCACCAUUCCACCAUGUCGUUGUACAGUAUAAGGCCUCUUGUUUGCCGGAAAGAUCACUCUUUUUUCUGCCAUCAAGGGCAAACAAUUUGUGAUGAAUUUGUUUUUGGGCGGGGGCCUGUAUUUCACACAUGUCGUCCCGAGCACUCUUCUUCAUACCCUCUCCCCCAAAUGGCCUUAGCUUUCCACUUCUAUGCACAGGAGUCCGUAAUAUGUACCGUAAGGAACUUAAAGAAUGUCAGUGAAACGCCUCCACUGCUUAGUGACCAUGUGUGUUUUGCAGACACAUCACUUGUACACUGGAAAAUAUUAUCGUCUUAAUUUAUUCAGGCUGCUCCGAAACUCCUGUUUUAAGGAAACGAAAAUGUGUGUUUUAUUUAUUUGUGUCCAGACUGCUGUUGAUCAGCCAUGGCUUAUUUUGAUUCUUCCAAAGCUCUUGGAAAACGUAAAAGAAGGUCUUCUUUUUUUUCUUUUUCUUUUUUUAACUUUGCUGCUUCGUUUUAAGAUUCUACUGCAGGCACGUUAUAUGUGACACUGUAAAGGUUGCCGGGGAGAUCGACACAAUAAUAAUUAUGCGUAUAGCUUAGUGUAACGUCAGUGUUCUCUUUGUUUUUACUGUCCACUUAGUUUACUUUAGAGCUGAGAAGUGUAUUUUUUCCUUUAUUGUGAAGAUGGUAUUUUAAUAUAUGAAAAAAAAAAUUAAAUUAAGUUUGCUCUGUAUUCUACGAUGUGAUCAUUUGAUUAAAUAUCAUUUGAGAUGUUCGAAUUGCCUGUAUGCUGUUUUUUAUGCUCACCAGAAUGCUAAAAAUGACAUUAAACAGUGCUACAAAAAUA